GUCAUGUGACUCAUUUGUACUGCAUCUGGGAAAUUCCUCUCACGCAAUCCCCAUGCUAGCCCAGCAGAGGCGAGGGGCGCAAAGCCCUAUAUAAGCCACAUGGAUCGCCCUGAGAGGCAUCAGCAACCCUUCGGGACAGAAGAGCUCACAGCUCCACAGAACCCAUCCAGCAGCGGCUCCUUGCCCAACGAUGAACGGCAAACUCGUGGCUGUCCUGGCUUUCUGCCUGAUAUCCGUGGCUGUCUGUCAGGUUGCCAGUUUGUCAAUCCACAUGUUGAAAUGGUGCCAUAACCGUACAGUGUGGCCAGUACAAGAGCACCUCUCCAACCAUGUCCUUCCUUUCCUGCUCACAGGUAGGACCCUGGCCAGGAUGGGAACCGAGCUACGUUGCCAGUGCAUAGCCACUCAUUCCAAGUUCAUCCCUCCUAAGUCCAUUCAAGAUGUGAAGCUCACACAGAGCGGCCCCCACUGCAAGAAUGUUGAAGUCAUAGCUACUCUGAAGGAUGGCAGAGAGGUGUGCUUGGAGCCCACUGCUCCCUGGGUGCAGAUAAUCAUAAAGGCAAUUUUGGCCAAGGCUCAACUCAACUCUGACUCGCCACUCUGAGAAACAUCAGGACAAACAAAUCUGGGACCUGCCCCCUCUCCUCCCUUGAGAGAAGCAUUUGGGAAAAGCAUCUUUCGAACAGGGUGCAUCUGCCACCUCCUCCAUCAGCGUUGCUCUGUUUCCUGCGGAUUUGGUUAUUGAUUGAUUUCACUGCAUCUAUUUAAGAAAGCCUUUUGGAAUGGGCAGUGUCGCCUGCUCAUUGACACUGAAGAUGCUUGAAUAGGAAAAGCGGUUUGAUAAAGGAAGUGAAGGAUCCUUGGCAACCACUUCAGCCGAACGCACCUGGGGAAGUGCACGGCACUCGCAGCACGGCCCGUUUACGCCGUUUUGCUAAAACACCAGCAAACUGAUAUUUCCUCCUGCUCCCCUGGAGCGCGCCAGUAUGUUGUGUCAACAGCAGGUUCCUGAACCACAGCCAGCCUUGUGCUGAGAGCUGGGGUUUCUCACUUGGAGUAUCUGUCCUAUGGAAUCU